AUUUUUAUUCCAUGACGGUCUGUUUUGGUUGAUACAACCCAAACGGAAGUCGUGUCCUCUAUCGUAAAACUUCACAUUUUACUGCAAACGAGCGCCUUGUAUUUUAUUCUAUGGACAAGUUAGGACUUGAUAAUUGCACGUGAUGAAACUUAAAGAAUUGGAAAGUUGUCUACAACAAGUGGAUACAUUUGAAGAGCCCAAAAUCCUUCUGGAGCAAUAUCCAACCAGUGCACACAUUGCUGCGUGCAUGCUUUAUACGAUACACAACACGUUUGAUGACAUUGAGGCUAAACUCGUAGCCGAUCUGGGAUGUGGCUGUGGAGUUCUGAGCAUCGGUGCGGCGAUGCUGGAGGCAGGGUUAUGCGUCGGAUUCGACAUCGACAAUGACGCGCUGGACGUUUUCAGAAGAAAUGCGGAUGAAUUCGAGCUUUCCAACGUUGAUCUGGUCCAGUGUGACUUGUGUUGUUUAAAGACUGAAGAUUAUCGUCACAGUUUUGACACUGUCAUCAUGAAUCCCCCUUUUGGAACAAAACAUAACCAGGGUAUGGACAUGAAGUUUUUAAGAGCUGCUAUAACAAUGGCAAAAAAAGCUGUGUAUUCACUCCACAAAACAUCAACACGUGAGCACAUACAAAAGAAGGCAAAUGACUGGGGGGUGAAGAUGGAAGUCAUUGCAGAACUGAGAUACGACUUGCCAGCUUCUUACAAGUUUCACAAAAAGAAAUCGGUUGACAUUCAGGUGGACUUCCUACGCUUCUCCAAAACCUGAAGCUUUUGAGUGGAAUGGACUUGUUUGCCUCUGUAUAUAAUAAACAUUUUCUCCAAACUAAAA